AUGGAAGGAAUCUCCACAUAUACCAAGCCAACAGCCGAAGGCCAGGUUAAGCGCGAGCUUAAACCUCGACAUAUAUCUAUGAUUGCCCUUGGUGGGACAAUUGGCACUGGACUUUUUAUUGGGACAGGCUCUGCACUCAAGGAUGCUGGGCCUGUUGGAUCAAUAAUUGCAUACGUAUUUAUGUCUACCAUUGUGUACUCGAUUGCACAGUCGAUUGGCGAGAUGGCUACAUUCAUCCCCAUCACUGGAUCAUUUACAGUUUUUUGUACAAGGUUUGUGUCGCCCGCAAUUGGUGCGGCCAUUGGAUGGAUGUACUGGUUUUCCUGGGCAGUGACUUUUGCUAUUGAACUUUCGAUUGUAGGCAAGGUAAUUGAGUACUGGACUGAUAUAGUCCCUCUAGCGGCAUGGAUUGCUAUUUUUUUCACAGUUUUCACAGCUGUUAAUUUUUUCCCAGUUAAAAUCUAUGGAGAGGUUGAGUUUUGGGCAGCUUCCAUUAAAGUGAUUGCUGUUGUUGGGUGGCUCAUUUAUGCACUCUGCAUGAUGUGUGGUGCAAGCAAAAUUCAAGGACCUAUUGGGUUUAAAUACUGGGGGAACCCUGGGGCUUGGGGCCCUGGAAUUUUAACUAGUAAUAUUUUUGGUGGUCGAAUCCUGGGUUUCCUUUCAGCUCUUAUUAAUGCAGCAUUUACAUUUCAGGGGACUGAGCUUGUAGGUAUUACAGCAGGUGAAUGUGCAAAUCCUCGCAAAGCCGUCCCGCGAGCCAUUAACCGUGUUUUUUUCCGUAUUGUUGUUUUUUUCCUUGGUUCUAUUUUUUUCAUGGGAAUUCUUGUUCCUUAUAAUGAUCGAAAGUUGGUUUCAAAUUCGUCUUUUACUUCCUCGUCACCUUUUGUCAUUGCUAUUAUUAAUUGUGGCACGUCUGUGCUUGGUCACAUUUUCAAUGCUGUUAUUUUGACCACCAUUUUGUCUGCCGGUAACUCUAACGUGUACAUUGGGUCACGAUUACUUUAUGCCUUGGGAUCUGCGCAUGUGGGGCCACGAUUUUUGACACGCACUACAGAAAAUGGUGUACCUUGGGUUGGCGUUCUCUUCACUUCAGUUUUUGGACUUUUGGGUUUUUUGUCAGUUUCAUCUGGAUCACAGCAGGCGUUUGAAUGGCUAGUAAAUGUGUCUACAGUUGCUGGUCUUUUAUCUUGGGCUGCUAUUUCAUUUUCACAUAUUCGAUUUAUCAAGGCUCUUGAUACACAAGAAGAUUUUUGCCGUGAUGAUUUGCCUUUUAAGGCUAGUGGAGGAAUCUGGUAUGCUUGGUAUGCCUUUGUAUGUGUGUGUAUUAUUGUAGUGAUUCAAGGGUUUACUUGUUUUUGGGAUUUCACUGCGGCUUCGUUUUUGACUGCAUACAUUUCGCUCUUUAUUUUUGUGAUUCUCUUUGUGGUGUUUCAGUUUUUUGUGUUUUGUGGACCUCUACUGAUUAAGCCUGAAGAUAUUGAUAUUAUGAAUGAUUGUUAUUGUCAAGAAGAACUAAAUGUUCCAGUUGAGAAAAAGGGGAAAUUGUCUUGGUAUGAACGUGUCUUGGAUGCUAUUUUUUAA